CUCAACUUCCAUCUCGCCUUUCCCUUCACUCGACCUCAUCAUGCGGCCUCAUUGGAGCCAAAUCCACCUGCGGCCCCCACGAUCCGCCAGCGCGCCGAUGUGGACGAUUCUGGGCCGACCCGUCACGUGCAGCGGAGCUUCGCCACUUCGCCUGGCUUGGCUGGCGCCACUUUCGCUGGCGCCACGCUGGAGCAGUCUGCGCGCGGCGCACGCGCGUGCGCCUAGACAGCGCGGCGCACGGCGCAUGUGUCGAGCGGCCGGGCUGUCUGGGCGUGUCUUCCAUGGCGUGCGGCGGAGGUUUCCGGAGAAGUCUACGGUGUACCUCACAGGCGUGGGAGGACCCGAACUGGAAGGAGAGCCAUGUGAGGUUGUUGGCGUGCAACAGUCCAGGUGGCUGGUGCGAUUUCUUCAUCCGCGCUUCAAUGGUCAAAGCGCGUUAGUGCCGGAAGAGUGUUUGAACUUCGGCUACUGCGUCAGGCCGGUCGCCGCGCCCGGUCGCCCCGGUCGCUCGGUCGAGACAAACGACCCGCGGACGGGCCGCGGCCUGGCGGCGGCCCAGAAGAUCGGCCAAGGACAGAUUAUCUUUGAGGAGAGCCCCUUCCUGAUCACCACGGAUGACGUGAAUGAGGUCUGCAGAGCCUUCUUCAUGAUGACCGCCCAAGCACCUCAAGGCGACGCCUUGGGCACCUUCAAUGCUCUCUCCGCCGGAGAGGGCUUCUCGGACGAGGCGAUCGCCCGAGUGCAGGAACAAGCUGUGGAAGUGCUUCAGGCCGCGAUGGGAGAGGCUCCAGCAGAGCAGCUGCAGACGUUGAAGGACGUGCUUCUUCGCUGGGAGGCGAACCGCUUUGUACAGCAACGCCCGCCCAACGACGCUGACGACGAGCUGCGCGAACUGCGCUUCGCCGUCUUUGCCCAGGUGAGUCGUUUGAACCACUCCUGCGCGCCCUCGGCGGACGUGGGCUACGUCUUCCAGCCCUUUCAAAGCGGUUCAGCUGUGCCCGAUGAUGGAAAAUCCGUGGUCCGGGCCAUGAGAGAUCUCGAUGCGGGAGAGGCACUGGAAAUCAACUAUGGCCCUCCCCAGCUGCUCGAGUGGCCUUUGGCACGGCGCCGCGAGUUCCUGCAGGCACAGAACGGCUUCCUUUGCCAAUGCCGCCGAUGCCGGGACGAAGCAAACGCCCAACGCCGGGAGGAUCCAUGA